UUCGACUAUUCUUCAGAGCUGCUUGCUGUCAUCAACUGUCAAACUGUUUGACGCUAGAUUCAGAUAUCAGUAAUUAUUUAAAUAAAAAUGAGAGGCCAUGUUUAUAUCUCUAAAUGAUGGAAAUAAAAGUGAAAGUGAAAGCGAAAGCGAGUGUUUUUUUUACACGCGAGAAAAUUGCAGAUGUGCUGAUAUCUGAGUUCUCAGACGAAUUUUGACGGAUUGUACACGAUGAGCUGGCUCGGCAGAAACGCAGCGAUCGGUCUCGGUGUCGGUGUGACGGUCAGCACCGGUCUGAUCGCGUUAUUGAUCAUUAAAGAGGCCCUCAGGAGGAGAAACAGUCGCCUGCUGCUGCACAACACGCUUGAUGACGCGGUGGACUCUGCGGCUCUUUCCGCAGCAGUGAGCGGUUUGUCUCCUGAGCAGCACAUGGAACUGAGGAAGACUCUGGAUGAGGUGACGAAGAGUGUGUCCAGUCUGCGGAAUGAGAUCGCUGAGCUUCGAGAGAGUCUGAGGGACAUCACCACUACCAUCGCAGAGGACGUCAAGAGGACUGUGGAGGAGAGCCAACGAUCUCGGCGACGGCGCACCUUCCUGCCGAGGGAGCGCUCUGAGUCCAUGAGCUCCAGCUCCAUUUAUUUCACUGCCAGCGCGGGAGCCACCAGUCUCUAUAACGACAGUGAGGCUGGAUACAACACAGCAUACUCCAACGCUGAGUCUGACUACACUGACAGAGAGACAGAUAAAGAUGGUGACGAUGACGGCAGAGACUCGGAUGAGGAGGAUGAGCAGAGCUGUGCCACAGUGCUCACGCUGAGACAAGAGGACUCCCAGGCCGAGGAAGAGGAUGAUGACGGGCUGAUGGUGGACUAUUUAAUGAACGUUCCCAGCGCGGAGCUUGCCCUCCUGCUCGCCCAAUGUGAUCUACUGCAUGCCGGGGAUUCUGGGAUGAAAUCAGAGGGCUUCCAGCUGUUGACAGAAAACAGACCGCUGUAUGGUGAUAAUGUGGAGUAUGUGUGGCGACUGGCUCGUGCCUACAGCGACAUGUGUGAAACUGCACAUGACAGAGAAGAAAAGAAAAACUACGCAGAGCAAGGUCAUUAUGAGGCAGAAGCAGCGCUGACAAGGAGUGGACUGAGUGCAAAAUGUCACAAGUGGUUUGCGAUCCUGGCGCGUUUGUCUUCACAGUACGCGAGCAUUCAUGGAAAGCUGAAAAGUGGGCGUGUCUUAAAGGAGCAUUUGGAUCGAGCUUUGGCUCUGUGUGAUGAUGACCCGAUCUGUUUCUACCUGCUUGGCCGCUGGUGCUUAGAGGUGACUUCUCUGGAUUGGUUGGAGAAGAAAGCUGCUGCCACGCUAUAUAAAACUCCACCCACAUCCUCACUGAAUGAAGCUUUGGAGAACUUUCUCAAAGCGGAGGAGUUAAAUCCAGGCUUCUCCAAAUCAGUAAGGCUUUAUAUUGCUAAGUGUCAUAAGGAGCUUGGAAACACGUCAGAGGCCAGAAACUGGGUCCAGUUAGCUCUAAACACACCAACAGGAGCAAAUGAGGACUCUGACAGCGCUGCUUUACAGGAGGAGCUAAAGGCUUUUAUUGACAGCACAACAGCCACGCCGACCAGCAGUGUGAAUUAAUUGUGGUGGGGUCCAAUGAAAACUGUCCUCUAGUCAUCAUCUUACAUUACACCUGAUAUUUGCUCUAUUUUAUUUAAGAUCACUGUUUGUAAUGUAUGCUUUUCAUUCAGUAAUAUAAAUCCAAAAUAUUAUACAUUGACGUGUUUACAUCUUACAAUCAUAACCAUUUUUGCAUUUUAUUAGUUAAAAGGGUAACUCAAAUCAUUCCUAAUUUUUAUUUAUUUUAACAUGCUUUUGAAACUAAAAAUCUAUUUAUGUUGAUAUGUGGUGA